AAUUGCUUGGAUUCGUCAUGGGGUUUGGCGAGCCGCGUCAGUGCAAUAGUAUCGCUAGCCACGGUUAGCCGCGCGGUGCCGCGUUCGGCUCACAGCUAAUUACUAAACAACCUGAAGUGAAGCUAUCGGGCUUAUUCCCCUCAACUUGGGACGCGGCUGCUCGGCUUUUCUCAAGUUAUGUUUCCACUGGAGUCGCCGCGGGAACCUUGAGGCAAGUGUGAGGCCCAAUACGGAGCGAGGUGAACGUCGUCGUCAUCAUCAGCGUACCUGAGCAGCAGUCCGUCCUCCACGAUGUCCCCGUCGCGCCGUGGACACUGACGCCGUCGAGCGGAGCGAGGCAGCUGGAGGGAGGGGGCCAGCUAGCAUGCGGCACCGGCUCGGCGUGUCCAGGAGACGGCGCUGCUGAGGGGCCAUUGUCGGUCGGUGCGGAGUGUGCGUCUGCGGAAGCGACGAUGGACGACUUCAACAGCAGGACGUACGGGACCAGCGGCCUGGACAACAGGCCGCUGUUUGGGGAGACGUCUGCUCGGGAUCGGUUCAUUAACCUGGCAGUGGGAGGAUUCACCUCUUUGGUUGUUCUUGUAACCGUGAUCGGGUCGUUUGUGUUUCCCUCACUGCCUCCACGACCCCUCAACGUCUUCUUUGCCGUGUGUAUCCUGUUAACGUGUGGAUCCACCAUAGUGCUGAUAUUCUGGUACCGUCAGGGCGAUCUGGAGCCCAAAUUCAGGAACCUGAUCUACUACAUGCUGGCGUCCAUCGUGCUGCUGUGUCUCUGUGCCAACCUCUACUUCCACGACGUCAGGUGAACGCCAGAGCAAGGAAGAAGGGAAGACACAGCCGUCAAGUGGAAGGACUAAUGAAGUUUGACCAAAAAUACAAACAAUAAAAAGACUUGAAGGAACGUCCCACUGCACCAGAGAAGAAGAAAAAACAGAGACUUUAACGGUCACAGUGAGAUGAAAACGCAUGACUUCACUGGAGUGUGGAGGUCAUGUGACGUACUGUACGACGCCAUAAAUCUGCCUGAGACAUGAGAUCUGCCGGAGAUGAACAGGUGUGUUUACGAGCUAAUUCACAUAAACGUCGUCCUCAGACAGUGAAAUAUGAUGGAGAAAUGAUCAGCCCCGGGGUUUUUCCAAGUGUGGUUGCAUUCGGAAAUGACACACAAUCUACGUCAGCCUAAGUCUACAAUAUUUUAAGAAUAUGUUCACUGCUUUUUCUAUAGUAAGAUCCACUGUUGAACCACUCGCUCUCCCACACCAAACCCCAUAGAGAAAAUCAUCAAUUUUAACAUCACAGCACACAGUUGUUGAUACACUGCUGCCUCCGUCACUAAGUUCACAUGUGUUAUUUGUGUGAAUUCAGUGUUAGAAAACCUUUGUUCAGAUUUACCUCAGUGACACAAACUGACCACAAGAGGCAGCAGUAGACCAGCCACUCCUGUGUCCUUGCGAGCUAAAAUCACUUAUCUGGUGUGGGAGAGCGAGUGUUUUACAAACAUCUAACAGUGAGAUAGACGUGAACAUGUUCUUCAGAUGUCGCAGACUUAAGCCGAUGUGGAUUUAAUUCAGUUAGUCCUUUGUUAAAUGGCUAAAAUCAGAUUUUCCUUGUGUUAAUUCUUUCAUACAUCCACACUUUAUAAAAAACCCUGAUCUAUCACUUUGAAGGAAAAACCUGCUCUUUUCCUCUUGUUAUUGUUCUUUUACAUGAUUGUCUUUGUUCUAUAAAAACUGGUUAAGUGUAUUUACAUUCUUAAACAACACUGCAGGCCUCAAAUGUAGUAAAACUCAUGUUCUUGUUUAAGUAUUUGUUUUUUUUCCAACAACAAAAUCUUUAUGAAACAGCUUCCAAACUCCUGUUCAGACGAUUAAAGCUGGCGUAGGCGAUUUA